AGAGAGAGAGAGAGAGAGAAUGGCUUCGUUUGAUACCUACAGCGUGACGUCGUCUCAUCCCUUCGACGAUACCUACGAAUCGUACUCCAACUUCAACUCCGCCAACGACGGCUACUCUCCGCCGCCGUACGAUGGUAGCGGAGUUGGAUUCCCGGGGGAGGAAGAGGUGACAGUAGAUCACAUCUCUCACUCCGUCGAUAGUCCUGAUCCGUUUGGUUUCGGCUCAGAUCCGAACCCUAACUACUCGCAACCGUCGCCGUUCGAUGAUUCUUCGAUCCCUGUAUCGAAUGGUAAUGGUGGUUCGUACAAUUUAGGCGAAGAUGCUGAGGGAAUUUUCAGUUCCGAUGGUCCGAUUCUUCCGCCUCCGACUGAGAUGCAGCCUGAGGAAGGGUUUGCUCUUCGCGAAUGGCGAAGGAUAAAUGCCAUUCGACUUGAGGAGAAAGAGAAGGCAGAAAAGGAAAUGCGGAACCAGAUUAUUGAAGAAGCUGAAGAUUAUAAAAUAGCUUUCUAUGAGAAAAGAAAGCUUAAUAUUGAAACUAACAAGACCAACAACAGAGAAAAAGAGAAGUUCUACGUUGCUAAUCAAGAAAAGUUCCAUAAAGAGGCUGAUAAACAAUACUGGAAAGCAAUAGCAGAGCUCAUUCCUAAUGAGGUUCCCACUAUCGAGAAGAGAGGAAAAAAGAAGGAUCAAGAUAAGAAGCCAUCAAUCACAGUCGUCCAAGGCCCGAAGCCUGGAAAACCGACUGAACUGUCAAGGAUGCGGCACAUUUUGGUCAAGCUUAAGCACAAUCCCCCACCUCACAUGCUUCCGCCCCCACCAGCUCCCGCUAAGGAUGCCAAAGAUGGAAAGGAUGGGAAGGACACCAAGGACGGAAAAAGUGCUAAGAAUGGAAAAGAUCUUGCAUCUAAGGCAACUGCAUCUGGGGAUGCACCUGCCAAAGAUGCUGCUUCAAAUGGUUCACACACGGCCAAAGAUGAACCUUCUGCAGCUGCAGCCAGUGACCAGCCUUCUAGUUAGCUUCGUGAGGCCGAUAUAUGUCCUCCCUCCAUAUAUUUUCUUGUUUGCUAUAUUGUGUCCACGAUUCUUAUUACGAAUUUGUGUUCCAUUUAGCUAUGCUACUGAUUACCGAGGAUAAGAAAGUAUUGUAAUUUGCUCCGACUGUGAGUACCUAUUCUUGCAUUGAUUAUGGGUUGUUACUAUUGGAUUGAGGUUUGUUCUAAAGUCUUUGUAUUUUGUUUAUGAAAUUCAGAUAUUUGAGUAUAGAUCUUUUUGUGAGGUGUUUCUAUACAGAGUUUGAAAUGAAUUGGUGUUGCUCUUUGUAGCUUCAGAGCUAAUUUGUGAUUGUUGGCCAUUCAACUUGUAUGGUACGAUUGGAAAGAUUGCUUUUAAAGCCCAGUUGGAGUUAAACAUGGAAUCUCUCUUCA